AUGGAGAACGCUAGACAAGGUGUCGAAUCCCAUCUGGCCAAGGCCGGCCAUCAUGACACUACCGUCCAUGAGAAGGUCGCGCCAGCUGUCACCCGUGAGACCAUCACUAGAACGGAGCACGAGGAAGUCACAACUGCCGUCGACCAGGAGAUCCAUCAAGACCACUACCAUGUCUCGGUCCAGCCAAUUACGGAGGAGGAGUAUCGCGAGGAACAGCACCAUCACACCCUUCUUCCCGUCGAGCAGGAGAAUUUUGAGCAUGAUGACCCGGCAGAGGUUCAAAGCGUGCUUGCAGAGGUCGCUUCCCAGUUCCAGAACGAGGUCAACAACGUCACUGCCGAGAAGACCACUUCUACACUGCCAGACAUCGAAGGAGUGCACGUGCACCAUCACGUGUUCGAGACAAUUCAGCCUGUCAUCACCAAGAAAACCUUCCAGCCUCAUGUCUACCACGUGGUCCGGCAACACCGCCAUAUCCAUCACAACCGCGCCAUCUAUCAUGCUCCCUCGACCUUACCAGCUCUGACGCUUGCAGAGUUCCUGAAGAACGGUGGAGUGCUCAAUGGCCGUGAGGAACGCUAUGAUGCAUUCGAAGGAGAGCCUCGCUCGGUCGGUGAAGCUUUGAGGGGCGAUACCAAGACACCGUAA